GUAUACUCGAGAAAUUUAACGUAUUCAAAAAGAAGAGAUAAUGAAAUCCCAUAUCAUCAUUUUAUUUGUUAAUACAUAAAAUUCGAAGUUUAAAUACAUUUUAAAGAGUGUAAAAUAAAUAAUUUUUUUAGAUAUAAAUGAGAAUAUGUGUAUUUGUCAUUGAAUGUAUGAAAAUUCAAAAAAUGGAUAAUAAGUCGACUUUUGACGACAAAAUAUUUGCCCAAUUGACACAUUUAUUUGGGCAGACAGUUCCAAACGAAGAGAUUCUGAAAACGGUCAGGAAGGUUGAAAUAUACGGACGAGACGAGAAAUGGAAAUUGGAUCAAUGCAUUGAAAUGUUAGUGAGAUUUGAUCCUAGUACUAUAGAAAAAUCAACAUCAAUGCAAAUGGAAAGCAAUAAUAACAUUAACAAAACUGAUGAUGAUUUUGACGACGAUGCCGACGUUUUAAUUGAAUCAGACGAGAUACAACAUCUACAUGACAAUGAAAAGUCACAGUUUCUACGUGGUGGGGAGCAAAUGCAUCAACCAAACGACAAGCGUUCACCAUGGCCAUACAAGGCUUUGCAAAAAAAUCAAGGCUUUGCAGCAAUCAAUGCACCUAUAGCAAAUCAAAGAACAUUCAAGCAACCACGGAUAAUAUCAAAUACAAUCGAUAAGCAUCCUGAUAUGCCGGAUAUUAUUAAACACAUUGAACAAAAUCAUCGAAUUUUAAUUUGUUUAAGGGGGCCCCCCGGUAGUGGAAAAUCUUUUUUGGCGCGUUGCAUCAUUGAUCGAACAAUGAAUGCGGAUUAUGACAAUCAUAUAUUUUCGACAGAUGACUUCUUCUAUGACAAACGAUCCAAACAGUAUAUUUUCGAUAGAAGUAAACUAAGCGAAGCACAUGAUCGGAAUCAAUUUAGAGUGUCACAGCGUGCUAUGAAUGGCUGGAGUCCUAUAAUAGUGGACAAUACGGCCAUGAAAUUGUGGGAAAUGAUACCGUAUUUCAAAAUAGCCGUUCAAAAUAAAUACAUUAUCAAAAUCAUUGAACCCAAUACCCCGUGGAAAAUUUCAGUCGGAAAAUUGGCUCAACGCAACAAACAUAAUGUUAGCGAGGAGACAAUCGCUAGAAUGUUAUCGAAUUAUGAACCUGGAACAGUUACAGAAAUCUUGCGAUCAAUGCAAAUUUAUAAUUAUCCAAUGAGUCCAUGUCAAUCACUAAAGCCAGCAUUACAACAACAACAACAACAACAAAGCUCAAAUAACGCGAGUGGCUGCUCACGCUUCACACCAAAAGAACAAAGAGAGCAAAGAUCCAAGCGACAUGAACUAAAUCAUGAAUAUGCUGAUAAUAGAUUAGUUACUACAAGUAAAAAUAAAUCCAGCGAGGAAUGGCCGGCUUUUGAAGAAGAAUCAAUAAAUUUUUGGAAUACUUCUGUAGACAAAAAUCUUCUAAUACCGCAAAGAAAAACUACCAGCAACAUGACAAGCAGUAAUAUGUAUAAUUUUUUGACUACAAAGACAAAUCAUUCGACGACAGAUACUCAAAAUAUUAAAAUUGUCCCGAUGAAACACAAAAAAGAUUGCAUUAAUGAAAAUCAAUCAUUCCAACAAAUUCGACAGAUUUUUCCCCAGAUUCCGAUUGCACUGCUUUGGGAUUUGUUCGAAAAAUGUAAUGGUGAUGGAAAUUGGACUAUGGAUAUUUUGCUGAACGAGAGCGAAACAAAAGAUCUCCAAACAUUAAUUUCACAAGAAGAUAUCGAACGAGAUAAUUUUUCAUGUGAUUGUGAUAAACCAUUAAGUACCGACUUUUCGCAGGCAGUUGAUGCUAUUCCAGUUGAAUGGCUUAAGGAAAAUGUUAUAGUAUCACGAAAUCAAAGACGUCAGAAGCAAAAUACAAAUACUAAUGAAACUGAUGUAGUCAAAUAUAUAGAGAAACAGUUUGUUAUUUCCGACAGUCAUUACUCAGAACAUACCAAAAAAAUUCGUGACAAUCGCCGUGCCACAUCCACAGUAACAACAGACGUUGCUGGUGGCUAUAAUCAAGAUACAGCUAUUGCCUCGUGUUCAUUUACACCAGCUGACUUGAAUAUAAAUGACGACGAUAUUGAUGAAAUGAUUGAAAUGGAUUUAGGCAUUGAAUUGAUAUGUCAACUAGACAAACAAUUUGGCUCUAACGCUUUUCAAAAUGAAACAUUGAAAGACGUCAAAACCGUAGUUCUUUUAAAAAAGUCACUCGCCCAACAAUUGUAUGCAACGUGGAUUGAGUCAUUUCAUCAUCAAAUUGAGGAGCAAAAACAGCAAUCAAUCAAAGAUGACGAAGAGUUUGCAAAAGAGCUGCAAAUUAAACAGCCUCCAGCAGAAAAUAGCCUCUUUGAAGUGACACAAACGUCAAACAUUCAAAAUAUUGCUGAUAUGGAAUACACGUGGAAUGCGUACAAAUGUAAUGCCAACGAAUGGAAGCAAACUACGCGUGAAGAUUUAGCAAUGAAAAUGACAAAAGCGAAAUUAUGUGAAAUUUUCCCAACUAUUGAGCGAGAACAUUUAUUUGAAGUAUUCACGGCGUAUGGAAAUAGAUUUGAUAAAACUGUUGAAUUUUUCAAAGAAAACCUAAAAUCCGAAAUCAAUGCACAAAUCCAAAUCAAAGGCCAAGAGUUAAUUGCACAAGUUAAAGAGCAAGCGAUCCAACCGAUACAGCUGCCAGGAAACUCAAAAUCCAACAAGCAUAAGAUCCAAGAAUAUCCAACACUAGAUAAAUUAGACGCCGAGGAGGCAAAACGAGCCGCUCUUAAAGAUUUUGAAGAAAGCCGCAAUUUGGCUAUGCAUCACGCUCAUUUAAAAGCCGAAUGUUACAGUAAGGCGCGGGAAUCAUUUCAACGCAAGCAAACAGGUGUGGCAUACUAUUACACUACCGUUGCCAACUUACAUAAUCAAAAAAUUGACAUGUACAAUCAUAAAGCGGCUAAUGCCAUUGUUGAAGUACAUUCGUACACACAACAGGAUCCAAAUAUGCUUGAUUUACAUUAUUUACACGCUGAUGAAGCAAUCGAAUGUUUAGAUAUUUAUCUCGAUCGACAUCUCAAAGAGCUCAAAGAUGCAAAAAGAGGUUCCAAAUACGUUUUUAUUAUUACUGGUCGUGGAUUACACAGUGCUGGUGGUUUUUCAACAAUUAAGCACCGAGUUAAGUGCCGUUUGAAGCAGCGAACAUUAUCUUGGUGUGAAGUCAAUGCCGGACUUUUGAAGAUCAAGCUUCAGUAUAUUUCGUUAUUCACUGACAACAUAAACAACAACCAAAAUGUGUAACAUUGUUAUUACACGAUAUAUUUUUACCAUUUUGCUUGUGACAUCCACAUCCAAAAUUCAAAUAUUUUUACAGUAAAAAUAAGACUUUUUUUUCUGAAAUAAAAUCA